AUGUCGACUGAGAUUUGGCAACGUUGGAAGGAGGUCACCGUAUACGUCGAUUCAGCCAAAUACGGGCGUCUUUUCCGCUCGUCCGCGCCUUACUACGUGAACAAAGAUUCGGACCAGAAGGUUGACCAGGCGGCCGUGGACGUCCUCACCCAGCGCGGCAUCAAGCGUAUCAUCAGCUACAACAGCAUCUCGUACACGGACGCUGCAAAGGCACUCUUGACGAAGGCCGGUAUCACUUACCUCCAUCUUCCCGUCACGGACUUUCAGGCGCCCACGCUCGCCCAGCUCAAGUCGACGGUCACAUUCAGGACGCAGUCACCUGCAAGCAGCACGCUCAUUCACUGCGGGUAUGGUCAAGGUCGCACAGGCACGGGCGUCACGGCUGUACAGCUGAAUGUCACAAAUGGAGCGAAUCCCCCCGAGAGUGACUGGGAGGACGUUAACGGGGUUGAAGAACCGGCUCAAAUGGCCGUUUUGCGCGAGUUCAAGAAGAACCCCACGGCCUGA